GUAUAAAAGGGCACAAAUUCCAUCCGCCCAAAAAUUCCUCGGAAGCAAACGUUAACUCGCACCUUCAAACACCGGCAUCUCCGCCUUCAACGUCGCCUGCAAUUCAUCGGUGACUUAUGGCGACGUUUGAGCUGUACCGGAGGUCGACGAUCGGCAUGUGCCUGACGGAGACCCUGGACGAGAUGGUUCAAAACGGUACCCUCAGCCCCGAACUCGCUAUCCAGGUUCUUGUCCAGUUCGAUAAGUCUAUGACUGAAGCUCUGGAAAAUCAAGUGAAGAGCAAGGUCACCCUCAGGGGACAUCUGCAUACCUACAGGUUCUGCGAUAAUGUCUGGACCUUCAUCUUACAGGAUGCUUUGUUUAAGUACGAUGAUAAUCAGGAGAAUAUUGGUCGGGUGAAAAUUGUAGCAUGUGACUCAAAGCUGCUCUCGCAAUGAGAUAUCCAUGAAUAGCAUGUUGGAUGGUAGUUGAGGGGGAUGAUGAACUGGACUUGGGCAUAUAUAUUUAAUGAUUCUUCUGUUCUUCUUUGUUGAAAAUUCAAGCGUAAAAAUGAAAUCAUGUUCAGUUAUAUAUAUUGUUGCACCCGCCUGAACUUGGACCUGCAGGUAUUGUACUUAUUUUUGUAAUUUUCCUAAGAAUUCAUGUAAUGACUUGUAUGUUCAAUCUUCUCAAACUGGAUUUAGAAUUGGUUUUUCUGUCAGUGAUUGAUAUCCCAUUAUGUUGUACCAUCCAUGAGAUAUGAUUGAGGGUUGAGAUGUAAUUGAACUGUGCUUUCGCGCUCCAAUUCCUCUUGAGGACAGUUUAUUAUGACGGUUUGAAGGUAGUGAAAUUCUUUUUAUGAAUAAUUUAGUAUGGUAGUU